UGUGGUGCUUAUUUGAUGUCUGACAUGGCUCACAUUUCUGGACUCGUUGCUGCUGGUGUUAUUCCUUCCCCAUUCGAGUACUCAGACAUUGUCACCACUACCACACAUAAAUCACUUCGAGGGCCACGUGGAGCGUUGAUCUUUUAUAGAAAAGGUGUCCGAUCCACGAACGCUAAGGGUGAGAAGAUUAUGUACGAUCUUGGAGAGAAGAUUUCUACGGCUGUCUUCCCAGGAUUGCAAGGAGGACCACACAAUCAUACCAUUGCUGGUAAGUCUAACCUUUAA